AUGUAUAUUCUUAUCUGUAAUUUAGCAUGUAUUAACUUGUAUGGAGGAAGUGGAUUGACUCCUUUUAUCAUAUACAACAUUUUGUCUGGGACAUUUCAAAUACAAUGGCUUGCAUGCCUUGUGCAAAUAUUCUCCAUUAACACAUAUGGGGGAUGUGAAAUCAUUAAUUUAACAGUGAUGGCUUAUGACAGAUACAUUUCCAUUUGCUCCCCUCUAACAUACCAAAAGAUAAUGUCUCCUUCAAAAGUAAUUCUAUUCGUUGCUUUCAUUUGGCUGUUACCAUUUCUUAGAUGUGUAGUUACCUUAUUGAUCACUGCAAACUUAAAAAUGUGUGGAUUUGUAAUUGAAAAAGUGUACUGUGAUAAUUAUUCACUGGUCAAGCUAGCUUGCUCGGGUGUUUCACAAGUUAAUAUUUAUAGUGCAACUGUAACAUUCUUCUCUGUUAUGCCACCACUUGUCAUCAUUGUCUAUUCUUACAUAAAAAUAAUCAUAAUCUGUUCAACUUUAACAAGAACUGGGCAAGCCAAAGCAAUGAGCACUUGUGUUCCACACCUUAUUGCAAUAGUGAACUUCUUCAUAGGCUGCUCUUUUGAAUUAUUUCAAAGUCGAUUUGACAUGACUCAUCUCCCAUAUACAAUUCGUGUGGUACUGUCCUUGUAUUUCCUUAUUCUUUCACCUGUGUUGAAUCCUAUUCUGUAUGGAGUUAGAACUCAAAAGAUAAAAGACGCCAUGGAGAAAAAAGUAUGGAAGACAAGGAGAGCUGUUACAACUAACAUACAUCAAAAAUGGUGA